AUGGGGGUGAAGUCAGGGCAAGAACCCAAGCAGACACCAUGGGAGAAACCUGCUUCUUACACAGCCAGACGCACCGUCUGGAGACUGGCGCUGCCCAUGCUGGAGUGGGUUUCCACCAUUGUUACAACGUUGCACGUGACUGUGCAAGAUGACAACAACAUCACUGUGUCUUUAGAAGCUUCCGAUAUCGUCAGCCCGGCCUCCGUCUAUGUGGUGAGGGUAGCUGGCGAGUCCAAAAACUAUUUCUUCGAAUUUGAGGAAUUCAACAGCACGUUGCCUCCGCCUGUGGUCUUUAAGGCCACUUAUCAUGGUCUCUAUUACAUCAUCUCUCUGGUGGUGGUCAACGGGAAUGUGGUCACCAAACCCUCCAGAUCAGUCACCGUGUUGACAAAACCUUUGCCUGUAACCAGUGUCUCCAUAUACGACUAUAAACCUUCUCCUGAAACAGGGGUACUGUUUGAAAUUCACUAUCCGGAAAAAUACAACGUAUUCAGCAGAGUGAACAUCAGCUAUUGGGAAGGGAGAGACUUCAGGACUAUGCUGUACAAAGACUUCUUUAAGGGGAAAACAGUAUUUAAUCACUGGCUCCCAGGGAUAUGUUACAGCAACAUCACCUUCCAGCUGGUAUCUGAGGCAACUUUUAAUAAAAGUACUCUUGUGGAGUACAGUGGUGUGAGCCACGAACCCAAACACCACCGAACGGCUCCGUAUCCUCCUCGAAACAUCUCUGUUCGCUUUGUCAACUUGAACAAGAACAACUGGGAAGAGCCAAGCGGAAGCUUCCCCGAGGACUCCUUCAUCAAACCACAAGAUUCAAUCAGAAGGGACAGACUCUUCCAUUUCCCCGAAGAAACUCCAGGGACUCCCCCCAGCAACGUGUCUUCCGGUUGGCCUGACCCAAACAGCACCGACUAUGAAAGCACUUCUCAACCCUACUGGUGGGACAGUUCUUCGGCAACCCCUGAAAACGAGGAGGACUUUGUCAGUGUGCUGCCCGUGGUGGACUAUGACAGCGACACCACACUCAGCAGGACAGAGAAGCCCACGUCUGACCCUUUCUCUGCCUUCCCCGUGCAGAUGACACUGAGCUGGCUACCACCAAAACCGCCUACAGCCUUCGAUGGGUUCAAUAUCCUCAUAGAGAGGGAAGAGAACUUUACUGACUAUUUGACCGUGGAUGAAGAAGCCCAUGAAUUUGUUGCAGAACUGAAGGAGCCUGGGAAAUAUAAACUCUCUGUGACAACCUUUAGUUCCUCAGGAUCCUGUGAGACUCGGAAAAGCCAGUCAGCAAAGUCACUCAGCUUUUACAUCAGUCCCUCAGGAGAGUGGAUUGAAGAACUGACUGAGAAACCACAACAAGUGAGUGUCCAUGUCUUAAGCUCAACUACAGCCUUGAUGUCGUGGACAUCUUCCCAGGAGAACUACAACAGCACCAUUGUGUCUGUGGUGUCCCUGACCUGCCAGAAACAGAAGGAGAGCCAGCGGCUGGAGAAGCAGUAUUGCACCCAGGUGAACUCAAGCAAGCCUGUUAUUGAGAAUCUGGUUCCCGGUGCCCAGUACCAGGUUGUGAUGUACCUAAGAAAAGGCCCUUUGAUUGGACCACCUUCUGAUCCUGUGACAUUUGCCAUUGUUCCCACUGGGAUAAAGGAGUUAAUGCUCUACCCCUUGGGUCCCACGGCUGUAGUGCUGAGCUGGACCCGACCUUACUUGGGAGUGUUCAGAAAAUACGUGGUUGAAAUGUUUUAUUUCAACCCCACCACCAUGACCUCAGAGUGGACGACCUACUACGAAAUAGCAGCGACGGUCUCCUUAACAGCAUCCGUGAGAAUAGCAAAUCUGUUGCCAGCCUGGUACUACAACUUUCGGGUAACCAUGGUGACAUGGGGAGAUCCAGAACUGAGCUGUUGUGACAGUUCCACCAUCAGCUUCAUAACAGCCCCUGUGGCUCCAGACAUCACCUCCGUGGAGUACUUCAACAGCCUGCUGUACAUCAGUUGGACCUAUGGGGAUGAGCACACUGACCUGUCCCAUUCUAGAAUGCUGCAUUGGAUGGUGGUUGCAGAAGGGAGGAAGAAGAUUAAGAAGAGUGUAACACGCAACGUCAUGACUGCCAUUCUCAGCCUGCCUCCAGGAGACAUCUACAACCUCUCUGUCACAGCCUGCACGGAGAGAGGGAGCAACACCUCCAUGCUCCGCCUUGUCAAGCUAGAACCAGCCCCUCCGAAGUCACUCUUUGCAGUGAACAAAACACAGACGUCGGUGACCCUGCUGUGGGUGGAGGAGGGUGUUGCUGAUUUUUUCGAAGUCCUCUGUCAACAGCUCGGCUCCAGCCAUGACGCCAAACUCCAGGAACCGAUAGCUGUUUCCUCCCAUGUUGUCACCAUCUCCAGCCUCCUUCCGGCCACGGCCUACAACUGCAGCGUCACCAGCUUCAGCCACGACAGUCCCAGUGUCCCUACAUUCAUAGCUGUCUCCACAAUGGUUACCGAGAUGAACCCUAACGUGGUGGUGAUCUCCGUGCUGGCCAUCCUCAGCACCCUUUUAAUUGGACUGCUCUUAGUGACACUCAUCAUUCUCAGAAAGAAGCAUCUGCAGAUGGCUAGGGAGUGUGGAGCCGGUACCUUUGUCAAUUUUGCGUCCCUGGAGAGGGAAGGGAAACUUCCUUACAGUUGGCGUAGGAGUGUGUUUGCUUUCUUAACCCUGCUGCCUUCAUGUCUUUGGACUGACUAUCUUUUGGCAUUUUAUAUUAACCCUUGGAGCAAAAAUGGCUUAAAGAAGAGGAAACUGACUAACCCAGUUCAGCUGGAUGACUUUGACUCUUACAUCAAGGAUAUGGCUAAGGACUCUGACUACAAAUUCUCUCUUCAGUUUGAGGAGCUGAAAUUGAUCGGACUGGACAUUCCACACUUCGCCGCAGAUCUGCCACUGAACCGAUGUAAAAACCGUUACACAAACAUCCUGCCAUAUGACUUCAGCCGAGUGAGACUAGUCUCCAUGAAUGAAGAGGAAGGAGCAGACUACAUUAAUGCCAACUAUAUUCCUGGAUACAACUCACCACAGGAGUACAUCGCCACGCAGGGACCACUGCCGGAAACCAGAAACGACUUCUGGAAGAUGGUCCUACAGCAGAAGUCUCCUAUCAUUGUCAUGCUCACCCAGUGCAACGAGAAAAGGAGGGUAAAAUGUGACCACUACUGGCCAUUCACAGAAGAACCCAUCACUUAUGGAGAUAUCACCGUAGAGAUGAUCUCGGAGGAUGAGCAGGACGACUGGGCCAGCAGACACUUCCGGAUCAAUUAUGCUGACGAGGCCCAGGAUGUGAUGCACUUUAACUACACGGCCUGGCCCGAUCACGGUGUGCCUCCUGCAAAUGCUGCCGAAAGCAUCCUGCAGUUUGUAUACAUGGUCCGACAGCAAGCCACCAAGAGCAAAGGGCCCAUGAUCAUCCACUGCAGUGCGGGUGUGGGACGAACAGGAACCUUCAUUGCCCUGGACAGGCUCUUGCAGCACAUUCGAGAUCAUGAAUUUGUGGACAUCUUAGGACUGGUGUCAGAAAUGAGAUCAUACCGGAUGUCAAUGGUACAGACAGAGGAGCAGUACAUUUUUAUCCAUCAGUGUGUGCAGCUGAUGUGGCUGAGGAAGAAGCAACAGUUCUGCAUCAGUGAUGUCAUCUACGAGAACGUCAGCAAGUCCUAG